AUGGUGUCCAAAAUAAUGAAGAUUAGAGCUAGCAAGUUUUCAUCCAUCAAGAACCGCGACGGCAUAAGGCGGCACCACCGCCGCAACUCCUCAGUAAAGAAGGCAGCCGCCGACUCCAAGGUCGUGCUUGCCCGCACUGGCAGCCACAAAUGCAGCUUCGAGAUCCUAACCCGAACUCAAACUCCAGACCCGGCCGGCCCCGACCCCGGACCUCAAACUACACGCCCCCCACUCCCGCCGUUAACUUCGCCGGAGAAGAGAACCGUGUUUCUCGACCUGGACGAAACACUGGUGCACACUGAGGCCACAGUGCCCCAGCGCUUCAACUUCGUCGUCCGGCCCAUUAUUCGUGGCACGAAGAUGACCUUCUACGUGAUCAAACGUCCCGGCGUUGACCAGUUUUUGCAAAGACUGGCAGAGAAGUACGAGGUGGUGGUGUUCACGGCGGGGAUGAGAGAGUACGGCACGCUGGUGGUGGACCGACUGGACAGGCAGGGCGUGAUAUCCCACAGCCUCUACCGCGACUCAUGCAAGGAGAUGAACGGAAGGUUUGUGAAAGACCUGUCCGGUUUGGGACGUGACUUGCGGCGAGUGGUGAUCGUGGACGAUAAUCCCAACUCGUAUUUCCUCCAACCGGAAAAUGGGGUUCCGGUCCGGCCGUUCGUCAAUGACAUGGCAGACGGGGAGCUGGGGAGGUUGUUGGAGUUUUUUGAGGGAGAGGGGUCACGUUGUUCUGAGGACAUUAGAGAUGCUGUGAGGGAGUAUGUUCAUGACAAAGGAUGGGUUUCCGAUGAUAAUGACGACGAUGAGAAUGAUGAAGAUGAUGAUAAUGGUGGUAGUGAUAAUGCUGAUGAUGAUGAGUUGGAGACGGGGAAUGGAAAGUCUACUAGUGUUGCAGUAUCAACAACCAUUAAUUCAUCAACACCACGCUGCUUGAUUAGUCUGCAUGAAUAUUCUCCAUCGGGAAAACCAGUAGCUAUGGAGAGUUGGAUGAAGAUGGUGAUCUUAGGCAGUUUGAUAUUGAUCAUUAUCGAUGUAAUUUUUUGCUUUCGGGCAUUUUUGUAACAUGAAUGGAAAUCAAAGAGUUGAAAAUUUUUAUAGAUUUUUUCAUUAUACAAAGUAAAAUCUGUAACGCCCCAAGCUGCACCUCACCAGCUUAAGCACGUCACAGUGCCGCGAGCCUCUAAAACAUAAACCGAACGCUCGAUUUACAUUCUAGAGAACCGCUAGGCAUUUUGUUUGAAAACUUUUCGUAUAAACACAGCGGAAGCUACAAAUAUUUUUGAGGUGAAAAACUUGAGUUGUUAAAACCUAUUUCACUCGUCCAGUACUUGGAUAAGGAUCACACGAAGUAUGAAUUUCAAUGAAAGAGAAUUCAACUAAAUUUGACACGAUGCUAAAUAUCCACAAGUUCCGAAACACGAAGUUCGAGAAAUAGAAUCUAAAACAGAAUCCAAACAAUGAUUUACCGAACUUGUUCCGCACACCCAGCUCCGUCCGCUACUGUCCCGUCACCAGUGCACAGUACCUGCAUCCACA